CAGCCGCGUGAUCAUGUCUCCGGUCGUAGCUCUGACCCUGCUGGCCGCCGCUCUGGCGGUGGCUGCCCUCGACCCGCUGCGAGCGGAUCCAGCCAGAGCCGCCGACCGGCACUUCGCUCAGGAUGUGCUGGCCGUGUUUGGGGGCAACCGGAGUCUCUCGGCCGGCCAGGUCAACCACAUGCUGCAGCAGCUGGGAGCGGCGCACAGACUUGGGGACUCGCUGCCCGGGAAGCCGGAGCUGCACUUCAACCAGUGCAUGUCUGCCGAAGACAUCUUUUCUGUCCAUGGAAUGCCAAACAGCAGCAAGAUAACAGAUUCCAGCUUGUCCACAAUAUGCCCUGCAGUCUUACAACAGUUGAUUUUUCACCCAUGUGAAAGGGCCCUGUCCAAAGGGAAUUCCAAGCCAUCUCCUACAGAAGGGUGUCAGAGUCUACAGGUGAAAUGUAUGAUGAAUGGAAAGAAGGAUGGAAUGGAACUGUGGGUAGGAGAGCAGGCCAGGGGGAGAGCACCACCGGCCUUGGUGAGGGCCCUAGCCCACUUCGCCUACUUCCCCGAUGCAAAAGAGCAGGUGCCUGGCCACACCUGCUGGCUCCAGAGGUUUGUUUGCCUGCUCACUUGCUCACUCGCUGCUUCCUCCACUGUCCGUCGCUGCUUCUGCCCGGUCAGGCAGCUUCCUUGGUGCAGAACUGUGGGCAGGCUCCAAGGCCUAUCCCAGCGGGGAACAAUAGGCGCCUACCUCCAGGAAUUAGGGAAGGAGAAAGUGGUGGGCGAGCACCCAGGCGAGGUGGGGAAGGAUCCCCCUGGGCUAGCCAUGGAGGAAGGCUGGAAGGGAGAUGGGCUGUGGAGGUGCCGUGGGGUGCUGUGCUGGGCCGUGCGCCACAGAGGCUACACCCAAGCUGGCCUGGGCAGGGAUGGUGGCCUGAAAGAAGAAACCCAAAGUGGUUCGUGUUCCUGUUUCAAGGGAUCUUCAAUGGUUAAAAUUGGAACGAUUGCUUGGAUGAUCACCUUGAGUGACGCCUUGCAUAACUUCAUUGAUGGACUUGCUAUUGGCGCUUCCUUCACACUUUCCCUGCUUCAGGGAAUCAGCACAUCUAUAGCCAUCUUGUGUGAAGAGUUUCCUCACGAACUGGGGGAUUUCGUCAUCCUCCUUAACGCAGGGAUGAGCACACGACAGGCCUUGUUUUUCAACUUUCUGUCAGCAUGCUCCUGUUAUAUUGGCUUGGCCUUUGGUAUAGUAGUGGGAAACAACUUUGCGCCAAAUAUUAUCUUCGCCAUUGCUGGAGGCAUGUUCCUGUACAUUUCCUUGGCAGACAUGUUCCCAGAGAUGAACGACAUGGCAAGAGAAAAAGUAACAGGGAGGAAAACGGAUCUAGCUUUUUUCCUGAUCCAAAAUGCAGGCUUGCUCACGGGGUUUGCUGCUAUAUUGCUGAUCACCCUGUAUGCAGGAGACAUUGAACUGGAAUAACGUACUCCUGGAAAACACCUAGAAUAUUUUAAAAAUGGAAAAAACUUUUGGAAAUCCAUAAAGGGACUUGGAAUACUUUAAAGGGUUGGGUUCGACCCCUGAUUUUUCUCAGCACUGGAAACGAAGCUUCAUCAACUCCAUUUGUAACAAUCCAGUUACUUCUUAAAUGUGGGAAAGGUGCAAAGACAUGCAGAGCUGUCCCUUGCCUGCAAAUGCUACAUCCCUCGUUGUAAUGGAGACAUCACUUUCCUUUGCAUUCCGGCACAUGCGGGACUUCUGCGUGGGAAAAACUACCUAUGAUGCCUAUACUGCAGUAAACAGAGAAGACUGCAUGUAACUCGAGAGAUAUGGAGCAGUAAAGUGCAUACAUGAUCUGGGAUCCAGACCAAAAUAAGUUCAAAUUGGUUGACAACGGCAUUUUUAUAGGAAAAAAUGCUUCCAUUUUAGCCUUGUUUUCACUGUGAUGCCUGUAGGUUUCAAAAUAGAGUCAGAGGUUUCUUGCAAGGAUUUCAACUGUUAUAUAACCUUUGAUUAAUUUUACUACACACGACCUGUGAUCUUUCUCUUUUAGCAUGUACAAGGGCUUAUUAUGAGAUUGAUAUUUUCAAUAACAGAAAAACUUUAUGACAAGAAACUGACAAUUUAAUUUAUAUAUAAUGCUUCAAAGACCCUUUUUUAAAAAAAGAGGAAAAAACCAUUGUUAACAUUGCUGUUAAGUUUCCAUACUAGUGGACUGUGUACUGCACAGUCCAUACUAGUGGACUGUGCAAAAAUAAGACAUUGAUGGUUCACAAUCUCCAGGCUUUCCACAAAAAGUUGUGUAGAAGAGAAGCAAUGUCUGAUGGAUUGUAUGCCCCCUCUAGUGGUUCCUUGAUAGAGUUGCCUGGCAGAGCCUGGCAACCAGUAAUAGUUGAUUAUGCACAACAUGCUUGCUGCAUGGUGGGGACAAAUGUACAGAUGUAUUUCUUCAAGCCUCACUUUCACUUUUCAUUCUCUCCAUGGCAAGUGAGACCACUUCUAGCAUGAUUUUAAUUUUGCUUUGCUGCCAGAGUGGGAUAGAUUUGCCAGUGAGUACAGGUUUGCCCUGGAUAUCUUCCUUCUGCCUAUAGCCAGCCUUCCAACUCUCUCCCACUGCCAUCCACAUCUUCUUCCUCACCCCCCUUCCAUGUUUCUGGCUCCUUCAAGUGAAAGAAAAGAAACUCACUCACCCUUUGUAUUGCUAAAUCAAUAUCUCAACAUACUAAUAAGAGAGUGCUUGGAAAUAACAAGCUUCUCUGUCUUGCGGAGGCAGCAGCAUCAGCAGGGAGGGGGCAGGAGGAGAGAAAGAAUAUUGGCUCAAAGGCAUAGUCCCCUUGUUUAGCAGCAUGAGGUUCAGGAAAUUGUUUUGCUCUUUCAUUUGGGGAUUAUUUUUGGAACAGUAAUAUCAAUAAAAGAGCAGUUUAAAGACUAAGCCAGCAAUCUUGCUACCUAGUCUAAUGACAUCUGUGCCUUUAAGAAUAAGUGCCUUUAAGAUUUGUAACUUUUAAGAGUAAAUUGAUGGACAGAGUUAAGAGAAUCAGUACUGGACAGUUUUCUGCAGAAAAAUUGCAUGCCCAGGAGGGAAUGCCUCAUUGCAUGUGAACAGAAAAAUGUGAUGAGAGCCCGCUGCAAGCCCACUGUGAAAAGAAGAGUCCCGAGGUAGGCAUUCUAUGCAUAAUAAACCAGUGUGCUGUCUGUGCGGGGCAAUGGGGGCCCACGGCAUGGUGCUGCAUGAUUUCCAGUAAGAAAACUGGAAAUGCCAAAGGUUAACUAUAGAAAUCACCAGAAACUCUAUGGUUUCAUCAUAGAGUUGCUGGCAAUUCCUAGAGCUACCUCUUCACUUCCAAUAUGAACAUGAUGCUGCUGUUAAUUUUUUUUAUCCUACUGCCAGUCAGAUCAGUAGCAGGCAAUGGGGUCUGGGGACUAGGAAUUCCUCACCCCCUGCAGGGGGCUUGGCAGGCUAUUCCUUGCCAUGGUGAGACCUCAGAUCUCUGCCUCCUGCCCUUUCAUUUCAGCGGGGAGAAUAGCACUAUACAUCCACAGCUGUGUACUUGAAUGAGGCUCUAUGGAAAUCCAAAGAGAAAUUAGAGUGGACAUAGAGAUCUGAGUCAAGGGCAUGGAUUGAGACUGCCAAAGCAACAUUCCGAUUUUAACUUUUUAAACCUAUGAACUGUUUUACGAUUGAUUCAUUUAUGUGGUCCAAAUAGACUAGUGCUGCCUUAUCUGGCUCUAAGGUCUCAAGAAUGGAUGUUGGCUAUCUUUGCUUUGACUGAAGAUGGGGGCUACCGGUGUUGGGGCUUUAAGCUUGUAAAGCACAUGUUUUGCUGCUAGGCCUUGGCCUGUGACUACAGUGUGCACAUUUUUUAAGGUAACUUCUUGCAAAAAGAGUAUAUUCUUAAAGUAUUCGUGCCUACAAAUUCAAUAUCUACAUUUUGAUGAGUAGGUAUUCUUACUAUAAUUCAGCACAUGGCAAUCUGACAUUACUUGCACUCCAAAGCCUAUGCAAAUGGAUUUAUGCAAAUAUAUAUAUACAUAUAUAAAUUCAACUGCCUGAUAUUUCAGGUGGAAAUAGGAAGAAAAUGCAGGACAUAUUUCUGUUUUAUUACUACUGCUAUAUGGAGGAAUUGUGCAAUAUUUAUUACAAAAUUAUGUGUAUGUUUCCACAGAACCAGGAAAUUUAACUGCUGCACUACUCUUAAGUGUAUGUGGUGCUCACACUUGUCUUUUUACUUUUGGAUGGAAACUGGACUUUUUCCUCAUGAGUUGUUGAACUGUUUCCUGUGAUGUAAUAAAAUUGGUAUAUUAAACAUUUUAAAA